CUUCAAAUUGGAGACGGACUGGUCAGGUCUCCUGAAUUGGUUUUCAAACUGGGGGAAAACAUUAUAUAAUCUAUCCAAAACCUAAACUGCCAGUAUGGCGCUCCCGAUGGGACCUGGGAAUUCUCCUAAUAAAAACUUGGGGAAAGACAAAUUCCACAAGUCCCAACAUUUUGACUAUUCCAAUGGGGUCGCUAUGAUGGUGGGGUCUGAGAAACCAGGCAUUGGAGGGGAACCACUUCUGGGUCAGAAGACUUGGCCAAAGUACUCUGUGUUCCCCAAAGGAGAGGGCAGUGACAUGCCAUCGUGGGUGGCCUUUGACAAGCAGGUGCUUUGCUUCAAUGCCUACUUUGAGGAAGCAGUGACCCAGAAGCAGGAGGAGAAGUACAGGGUGCGGAGGUGUAAGAUCUACUUCUACCUGGAGGACGACACCAUACAGGUGGUAGAACCCGAGUUCAAGAACAGUGGUAUCCCUCAAGGGACGUUGAUUCGCCGUCACCGCAUUCCACUUCCACCUCCGAAUGACAACCAGUUCUACACAGUGCACCAUUUCAACACCAAUCAGCAGAUGACACUGUACUCGCGCACCUUCAUGAUCACAGACUGUGACUCUUUCACCAAGAACUUCCUGAGGAAGCUAGGGGUCCGCAUCAAUUGCCCCGGCUCCAUCCCUGAAGACCCCUACAGCAACCUCCGGCAACAGAUGGAGGAGAAUAUGAAGCCACUGAGGCCCUAUGAGAGGCAGGACACGCUCAAGCAGUUCCUGGAUCAUGACCGUAACGUUCUGAGGUUCUACUGCCACUGGGACGACUCGGAGAACAUGUUUGGUGACCCGCGGGAGCUCACGCUGCACUACUUCCUGGCUGAUGACACCAUCGAGAUCCGUGAGGUCAUCUACCCCAACUCUGGACGAGACGCUGCGCCCAAGUUCCUUCACAGGAGCAAACUCCCCAAGCACGGUCCCGUGGCCAAGCGGCAGCCUGGAGAGAUCACGGGCCGCACGGUACUCAACGUGUUUGGGCCCAUGGGCCAAGGAGGACGCUACAUCCUAGACAGCCUCAGAACUGGUGCAGUUCAGGAUGAGUUCUAUAAGGACAGUGACCUGACUCUGGGUGGGGUAGUGAAUGUGUGGGGUAGGAGGGUAGUCAUCUGUGACUGUGACAACUUCACAAAAGAGCACUAUCGCACCAAGUACGGCAUUGAGGACUUUACCCCCAUCCAGUACAAGGCCCCCCCUGCCCCCAAGCCCCCCCGGCCAGUGCCCCCCUACAAUGGUUUUGGCUCUGAGGAGGACUCCCUGUGCUCCUGCCAGGGCCUGCUGCCCAAGCCUCCUCAGAAAGACCUCUGCAAAUUCAUGGACAGGCAGGGCCUGGAGAGCAACGUGCUGAGGUUUCUGGGGAAGAUGGUGACGGACAACCCCGUCAACAGAGACCGGGUGUUCAUCAUUUCCUUUUACCUCGGCGAUGACACUAUCUCCGUGUUCGAGCCCCCACAGAGGAACUCAGGUGUGCUGGGGGGUAAGUUCCUGGAACGCGGUCGCAUUAAGAAACCGGGCCAGGAGCUUUUUAAGAGUGAGAUGUCGCAAUACUUCGGUGCUCGGGACCUGUUCGUUGGCGCUAGGCUCGCCCUCAACAACCAGGCCUUCCAGCUGGUGGACGCGGACGAUUACGCCUUCAACUACAUGGAGCAGCAUGCUGAGCAGUUCCCCAUGGCUAAUGUAGGCACCAUCAUCAGUAAGAUUCGCUCCGUCUCAGAGGAGAAGAUGAGAGAGGUCAAACAGUUCCUGGCCCUCAGCGACCCUGGCAACACAGGCCUCAUCCCCUACGAGCCCUUCAGGGGUCUGCUGGUGGGGAUGAAUUGGGGCCUGUCGGAGCACGAGGUGAUGAUGCUGGGCCGGUGUUUCUCCGAGCCGGAGCAGCCCGGUGAUGACCUGGGCCAGAUGCUGGCUGUGGCUCAGGACCACCUCAGGAAGAAACACUUUGAGAGCUUCGCUGACAUGGCCAGGGCCUUCACGCACGAGGACCGACACAAGCUCGGCCGUCUGUCCACCAAGGAGACCAGGACGGUGUGCAAGGCCUUCCAUCUGCCCCUGGCUGACGACCUGCUCAGGGCCCUGCUCCAGAAGUUCCAGACGGGGGAUGAGAUCGACUACCACGCCUUCCUCGCCGGCAUCAACUGGAGGGAGAACCCUGCCACUCCGGUGCUGCCCGGUGAUGCCCUGAAGCUUUUUUCGGCCUCACGGUGCCCUAAGAUUGUCAGCCAUUCUCUGGUACGCUACCCUGCCUUCCUUGACGAGCUCUGUGGAAGCCCUGAAGAAGAGUAAACACUUCCACUGUCUCUUUGGCUCACCUCCAGCAUUCUGCCGUGUCAUAGUGAUGACAUCACCAGACCCUCCAGAUUCUUUUGCUUUAAGCCUCCUUUCUAAGGGCAUUUUUUAUCUUUUUUUCGCCCUUGCUCUUCCAUUGGCUGUAUGCGUGACUGUAGGCCAACUCCAGAAUCUAAAGAUAACAGCAGACAUUACAGAUAGCCAGAAACCAAACAUACCUGCGGAAGUAAACAGUGUUAUCCUUCUCUUACUCUCAUAUGAGGACAUUAUUUGUCCUGUCACCUACAAAACUCGAGGUGUACUUCAACACCAAGCAGCACAGGAGCAGAACACAGACAGGUGUAGUCAGUGAGACGCAGUACAGAGCUGCUGAGACGAGCUGUGCUGCUGUUGUGUCCAGUUUGACGCAGACUGGAGCGGGGAGGCCCGGGGCCCAGCAGUGGGGAACGUCAACUACUCAGUCCUUCUGGAGAAGGUUCUAGACCGUGUGAAGACCCCCACGGACACAACACUGUG